AUGGCUACCUUCAACGAAAAGAAGACUUGUAACCAGCGCAUGGAAGAAUUCAAACGCUUUGUUUGGAAUCCAGACACAAAAGAGCUCAUGGGACGGACACCUGGAAACUGGGUUCUCAUCAGUCUGUACUAUGCGGCCUUCUACGUUGUAAUUUGUGCAUUGUUCGCACUGGCCCUCUUUGUGCUGUUGUCCACGACAGAUCCGUACACGCCAAAAUAUCAGGACCAGCUCAAAUCACCAGGUGUAACAAUACAACCGCAACCGAAAGAUUUGAAGAUCUCCUUUAAUACCUCGAAUCCAAAAUCCUGGAAGUGGUAUGUCAACACUCUUCAGAAUUUCCUUUCAGCAUAUAAUGAGUCCGUCCAGGCUAAAAUCAACCGGAACUGUACCAAAGGAAACUACACCUUCCAGUCAGGAUAUGGACCCAAUUCAAAGUUUGCUUGCCAGUUCAAUCGGGAACUGCUGAAGAACUGCUCUGGGCUCGAAGAUCCCACGUUUGGAUACAUGACUGGUCAACCCUGCAUCCUAAUCCGAAUGAAUAGGAUUAUCAACUACUUGCCUGGAGAAGGAACCACCCCAAAUGUUUCAUGUGCUGUUCUGCAUGCCUACCCUGAGAGUAUUGGAAAUGUGGUAUUUUAUCCUGAAAAUGGCACCUUUGACCUGUCAUAUUUUCCUUACUAUGGUCGACAACCACAGCCAACCUACUCUAAUCCUUUAGUUGCAGUGAAAUUCCUGAGUCUGAAAAGGAACAGAGGCUUUGAAAUUCAAUGUAAGAUUAACGGCCCAGGAAUCAUCAGCGACAACCCCUAUGAAAAAUUUGAAGGAAGGGUGAUCUUCCAUCUGGAUAUCAAAAAAUAAACACAAGCCGAAAGGAGGAAGUUUCAUGUGACAGUUUUGUGGUUUUCUGUAUAUUCGUAUCACUGGCUGUACUACUCAGUUUAUAGACAAGGUUAUAGAUGAUGUACUUUAGCGCAGUUUGCCUUCAUUUCUGUCUAUAUUUAAAUAUUCUUCAACAUUAGCUCUAUACCAAGAUAUGCAAAUGUAUUACAUGUACAUAU